GCUUUGAAAAUAGCGAGGUAUUCAUGCAUCACGUUUGUGUCAUCACAGAAUCAAUUCUGUGAGGAAGAGUCCUUGAAAAGCUUAUUGUUGCUCAACUGGUCAGUAAUUCCCAUCUUUUGUGGAACGUGAAGUUUGAUUACCGUGUCAAGAUCUCGCAGCUGGUCUCGAUACCAGGGGUGCACAAACCACGGGGCCGGAUACUACCCGUGAAAAGGAUUAUGGGGACCCGGGUAGCAGCAGUACACUUCCCUGACAAGAACCUGGCUGGGAUAACGCAACUUUUGGAGGACCUGCAGCGCCUCGCCGAGGAUCAUGACUCUGCCGACAUAGUGUUUCUAGUGGGACGAGACGAGAUGCCUGUGUACGCGCAUAGGAUCAUUCUUAUGGCACGGUGCAAGAGUUUCGGCACAGCGAAGAGAGGAGAGGUUUGCCGAAUUCCUGGAUGCUCUGUCUCUCCUGCAGCCCCCGGCACACCCACCCCCAUUCGUCUCCCCCAGUUCCAAGGGGAUACGUUCAGGCAGUUCGUCAACUACGUUUACACAGGGAAGAUCAUACUACAGGACAGUGGAGUGUUUGAGAUGUUUAAUCUCGCCCAAGAACUCGGUGUGGAGGAGUUGCGAGCCGCGUGUGAAGACCACGUCACCUCUGCAUUGUCCAUCCUCAAUGCCUGCACUUUACUGGCCGCCGCAAUGGAUAUUCAGGACCGUGCAAUCGGUGGGAAAGGAACCAAAUCAUUUGUGGAUCGCUGUAUUUCUUAUGUUGGUGAGAAUGCUAUUGAGUGUGUCAAGACAAACUCUUUCCUGAAUCUUCCCAAAGAUGCACUUGUGAAGCUGAUCUCUUCAGAUUGUUUGGCUUUAGAAGAGGAAGAUGUGUGGAGGGCAGUCCUCAGUUGGGCUAAGUACCAGGCUGGUGUCACUCAGCCCACAGCCCACUGGGCAGAAGAGGAACGGGUUCGGGUGUGUCAGAAUCUUGCUGGAGUCAUCAACCAUGUGCGAUUGUUACUCAUAGACAGUCAAGUGUUUGCUGAAGAAGUUGAACCAACAGGAGCAGUGCCUAUGGAGCUCUCUCUGGAACGUUAUCGCUAUGCAGCUCUGCCCAACAAAUUCCGUGAGAAUUCAGAAGACAAACGAUUACAGCCCCGUGUCUCCCUCAAACUAUUUCCUGGUUCUCAGAUACUUGUGCAGGAGAAGACUUGUUAUCAGCGUGUUCUGAACACUUGGUAUGGGAGUUCAAAACAGGUUUGGCGGCUGGUGUACCGAGCAUCAAGUCAUGGUUAUUCUGCUGAAUCAUUUCACAGAUAUUGUGAUGGAGUAGCCCCUACAUAUGUAAUAGCAAUGGGAGCCCGAGGUGAGAUCUGUGGAGGAUUCAGUGAUGUGCCUUGGGGAAAGACGAAUACUAAGGGACACUACAUUCCAUCAGAGAAGGCCUUCUUGUUUACUCUGAGUAAUAAUCAGGACAUGCCUCCUACCAAAUAUGACAUUGUGAAGAAAAUGUUUGCUAUAUGCUAUCAUCCUGACUGUGGACCAAUAUUUGGAGCAGGAGCUGAUCUGCUAAUAGCAAGCAAUUGCAACACCAACAUGGACAGCUACUCGAAUCUACCCCACUCAUAUGAUGGGGAAAAUGCCUCGUGCAGCAUCCUGAUGGGAGAUUAUAACUUCUCUGUUGUUGACUAUGAAGUGUUCACACCUGUGGGUGGUAAAUAGGAGAUGGUGCUUUGUAGGGGACAGCUGAAGUCUUAAAGCAUUGACAGUGUUCAGCAUGGUGUACCAGGUUGAUUCAAUGGUAUUUCAGAGACACUGCCAUGAUUAUAAUCAAAAUGAAGGGACUGUGGUAGAUCUUUCUUGUAAUUUUCUAUUUUUUAUUUUGCAUGUUUUUGUUUUAAUUUGAGUAACACAUAGAAAUUACAUAUCUGUAGCUUGUAGAGACUAAAUAAGGGUGCUAAAUAUUACAAUGUAUUUUUAGCUUACUCUCUAAACACAUGGAAAAUGGUAACAUAUCAAUAAAAAUAUAUUUUCAGUGUUUUCUUUAAA